GAGAAGAGGAAAGAGAGAGGGCGAAACAGAAAGAAGAGAGACUAAGACAAGUUCAGGAGGAGAGGAAAGAGGGAGUGGACGAGAGACUGGUCAACGGGAAAGAAGAAUACAACGUCCAGCGCAAAGUGAGAGAGAGGGAAGGUAACAAGAAGUUACAAAGAGAGGAGGAGUGGGAACAAGCCUGGGUGAGCCAGGCAGAGAGGCUGAGUGGAGGAGACGAGAAAGAGAGAGAGAAAGAGAUGGAGAGAGAGAAAGAGAUGGUGCAGCAGAGGCAGAAAGAGGAGGAUAGGGAGAGGGCGAGGCAGAAAGAGGAAAGACUCAGACAGGAGGAGAGGGAGAAAGAAAGACUAAGGGCGGAGGAGGAGAGGAAGAGACAGAGAGAGGAGGAGAGAAGGGAAGAGGAAAGGAAGAGACAAAGUGAGAAAGACCAAUUUGAGGAGCUGGAGAAACAAAUGCGAGAGGAAUUUGAGAUAAAGCGUAAACAAGAACUGGAAGAAAAACGAAGAAAGGAAGAAGAGAGAGAAAGGGAGAGGCAGAUUACGCUGAAGGAGCUGCAAGAAAAGGAAGAAGAGAUGGAGAGAAUGAGGCAAAUCCAGUUGGAAAAACAGAGAGAGGAGGAGAGAGGGAAGAAAGCAGAUGGAGAAAGAAAGAGCGGUGGAGCUGGAGAGAAAGCUGCGAGAGGAAUACGAGAGAAAGAGAGCACAAGAGCGGGAAGAAAAGCUCCAAAUGGAGGAAGAGAGAAAAAGGCAAGAAAGAGAGAGGGGCCGAAGAUGUGCCUCAGGAGCCGCUGCUUUGCCCCACAAAGAGGGGGGCGGAGGUUGUCUACGAUGACUUCUCCGUCAGGCCGCCUGACAUGCACGUGGUCUACGAAACCCAAGAGAUGGGGCUCCAAGCCGAAAGCAGACACCAGACCGCCCUCCAAGAGUUGGGCAGAUGUCUCUGGGAACAGACAGGUGUGA